GGCCGGCCGGUGCCGUCAGUCAGGCAGCGGGAGCCGCCGGGAGCGGAUGGCGGCGGUGGUAGCGGGCCCACUCGCCGCCGGGGGUGAGGAAGCUGCAGCUUCUGUCCCCGCGCCAGGGUCUCCUGGUCUACCCGGGAGCCGCAGCGCAGAACGAGCCCUAGAGGAGGCUGUGGCCACCGGGACCCUGAACUUGUCCAACCGGCGUUUGAAGCACUUUCCCCGGGGCGCGGCCCGCAGUUACGACCUGUCAGACAUCACCCAGGCUGACUUGUCUCGGAACCGGUUUCCCGAGGUGCCCGAGGCAGCGUGCCAGCUGGUGUCCCUGGAAGGCCUGAGCCUCUACCACAAUUGCCUGAGAUGCCUGAACCCAGCCUUGGGGAAUCUCACAGCCCUCACCUACCUCAACCUCAGCCGGAACCAGCUGUCAUCUUUACCACCCUACAUCUGCCAGCUGCCCCUUCGAGUACUUAUUGUCAGCAACAACAAGCUAGGAGCCCUGCCUCCAGACAUCAGCACCUUAGGAAGCCUGCGGCAGCUUGACGUGAGCAGCAAUGAGCUGCAGUCCCUUCCUGUGGAGCUGUGCAGCCUCCGUUCCCUGCGGGAUCUCAAUGUUCGGAGGAACCAGCUCAGUACCCUGCCCGAUGAGCUGGGGGACCUUCCUCUGGUCCGCCUGGAUUUCUCCUGUAACCGUGUCUCCCGCAUCCCAGUCUCCUUCUGCCGCCUCAGGCACCUGCAGGUCAUUCUGCUGGAUAGCAACCCCCUACAGAGUCCACCUGCUCAGAUCUGUCUGAAGGGGAAGCUUCACAUCUUCAAGUACUUAACAAUGGAGGCUGGCCGGCGAGGAGCUGCCCUCGGGGACCUGGUCCCUUCCCGUCCCCCAAGUUUUAGUCCUUGCCCUGCAGAAGACUUAUUUCCAGGGCGUCGAUAUGAUGGUGGCCUGGACUCAGGCUUCCAUAGCGUUGACAGCGGCAGCAAGAGGUGGUCAGGAAAUGAGUCCACAGAUGAUUUCUCAGAGCUGUCAUUCCGGAUCUCAGAGCUGGCCCGGGAGCCCCGGGGACCUAGACAACAGAGGGAAGAUGGCUCUGGCGAUGGAGACAUGGAGCAGAUUGACUUUAUCGACAGCCAUGUUCCCGGGGAGGAUGAAGAGCGAAGUGCAGCUGAGGAGCAGCUGCCUUCUGAAUUAAGCCCCGUAGCAGGAGAUGUGGAGAGGACGUGGAGCAGCAGGCGGGAGGAGCCUGCAGGGGAGGAGAGGCGGCGUCCUGACACUUUGCAGUUGUGGCAGGAGCGGGAGCGUCGGCAGCAACAGCAACAGAGUGGGGGAUGGGGAUCCCCCAGGAGGGACAGUGUCCUGAAGCGGGGGAUCAGAGCCACGGGUGCUUCGGCCUCGUCCACGCAGGCCACCUCCAAUGGCCCACCGAAGUCCAGUGCUACCCAGAUGGGAGUUUCAGGGGGGCAGGGAGUUCCCACAUCAUCCCCCAUCUCCCAGGACUCCGUUUCAUCAUCUGGACCAGUGACAGCUCCUGUACCCAGGCCACUGGGCUCCAUUCAGAGACCAAACAGCUUCCUCUUCCGUUCAUCUUCUCAGAGUGGCUCAGGCCCUUCCUCUCCGGAGUCUAGUUUGAGAUCUCGACCAUUUCCUCAGAUUGUAGACGAGAAGGAACUGAUUUCCCAACUUCGCCAGGUCCUUGAGUCACGGCUGCAGCAACCCCUGCCUGAGGACCUGGCAGAGGCUCUAGCCAAUGGGGUCAUCCUCUGCCAGCUGGCCAACCAGCUGCGACCUCGCUCUGUACCGUUCAUUCAUGUCCCCUCACCUGCUGUGCCAAAGCUCAGUGCCCUCAAGUCUCGGAAGAACGUGGAGAGUUUCUUAGAAGCCUGUCGAAAAAUGGGUGUGCCUGAGGCUGACCUGUGCUCGCCCUCGGAUCUCCUCCGGGGCACCACCCAGGGACUGCGGACCAUACUGGAGGCUGUGAUCCUGGUGGGGGGCAAGGCCCCUCUCCCAGUCCAGCCCUCCUCUGGUCUGGGUGGCUUCCUCUUCUUCUACGUGGCCUCCAUGCUGCUACUUUAUGUCGUCUACACUCGGCUCCUGGGCUCCUAGGACCGACGUUGCCCCUUCCUUCCCUGCCUUCUAUUUAUAAGUCCUGUUCAACCAUGUUCCCACCGGUGGUGCCUUCAGCCCUACCAAAGACACUAGUGUAUCCCACAAACACUGACCUCAGAAGCCCCACUCUAUGCCCACAGCAGCCCUCUCCUCUACUAGUGCUGAGGGUGCCUUCCUGUCCUCCCUUAGCCCUCUGUCCCCCAGAGGGAUGACAGACCCUUGGCUGUUUCCCUUCUCUCCUCCCCCUACUGGCUGCUAUGGGGGAGCUAAAUUAUCUCUAUUUUGUAGAGAGGAUUCUAUAUUUGUAGGGGAUGUGGGCCCAUUAUGGGCCUUGGCUCUGUGUAUAAACUGUAUAGACCGUC